AUGGGGACUCAGACUUGGAACAUCAAACUUUUUUGGUCCCGUGAAAAUCUUCAACCAAGUUUGAUUCAGAUGAACCCACAUUUGGAUGACAUAAUGGACAUCAUGGAGAUUGCUUGUUUAUUACGGGUCUCACAUCUGUUGCAGACCACUACCGAAGCCAGUGGUGUGGGUGAUGAGAAGAACUUCUAUGGCCGUCGGCAUGGCUACGAGGGUGGCCUCGGCCAUGAUAUCUACAGCAAGGGGUUUAGGCAUGAGUUUGGUCAUGGGAGGCUCGGAAGUGGUGGAAGCUUAAGUGGUGGUUUUGACGGUGAAGCCGGAGGUGGACUCGGUGGAGGAGCUUGUGGCCUUGGUGGUGGAGCCGGCGGUGGGCUUGGUGGAGGUGGUGGUCUUGGCGAUGGCGGAGGGCUCGGAGGCAUUGGUGGAAUUGGAGGUGGAGCUGAAGGAAGCACUGGCGGUGAAUCCGGGGGUGCACUUGGAGGAGGUGCCGGAGCUGGAGGAGGGAUUGGUGGUGGAGCAACGGGACGUGGCUUCGGUGGUGGAGUGGGAGUUGGCGGGGGCCUUGGAAGCGGCGGCGGCGGAUUCGGGGUUGGAUUCGGGGCUGGUGGAGGGUUUGGUGCAGGUGUUGGGUUUGGCGGAGGCUUUGGUGGAGGGUCUGGUGGUGGUGGUGGUGGAGGAGUAGGACUUGGUGGCGAUGCCGAGGCUGGGUUCGGAGGUGGUCACUGA